AUGGUCCUGCACUUUAAGUGUGAACUUGUUCAGCCUCCUUAUUUUAUUUACAUGGGAGAAGAUAAACAUGAAAAUGAUGAACUUAUUCGUUGGGGAUGGCCAGAAGACGUUUGGUUUCAUGUAGAUGCUCUAUCAUCUGCUCAUGUUUACCUACGACUGAAGGAAGGGGAAACUUUAGAUGAUGUCCCUGCUGCCGUUAUACAGGACUGUGCACAAUUAGUCAAGGAAAACAGCAUCCAAGGUUGCAAACUUAACGAUGUCACUGUUGUAUAUACCAAAUGGGAGAACCUGAAAAAAACCAAUGAUAUGGAUGUUGGUCAAGUCUCUUUUCACAAUAAUAAAGCAGUUCAAAAGAUCGUAGUUGAAAAACGCAAUGGAGAUGUAAUAAAACGACUCAAUAAAACAAAAGAGCAAUGCGAACAUCCUGAUUUAAGAGGUGAGAGAGAGAAGCGAGAUACUCGCAUUAAAAACAAAGAAAAAGCUGCUCUGGCUGCUAAGAAAAAGUCAGAACUUGAGGCACAGAAAGUCCGUGCAGCGGAAGCAGAAAAAAGAUCCUACGAUCGUUUGUUUGUUGAGAGUAAAAUGAGAACAAAUGAAGAUGGCUAUGAUUCGGAUGACUUUAUGUAA